AGUUGCCAUCGGAAAUUCACACCGGGAGGACGUCGCGCGUGCUACGUAAAAGCUCUCACGCAGUCGACGAAAGCUCUGCGUGUUCCAAAAGAAAAAUUCCACGGGUGUAUUUUUUCUGGCGGGUUACCCAAGAAGGGAUUUUUAAUGAACGGGAGGAGUAGCAAAAGUGUCACGCGAAUUGAUUUAUAGUGGCCAAAAAAAAAUUCAACAGCAAUGAUUCACUUUUCGCGGAACGAAAGCCCAAAUGGACAGCCGCUUGCUUCUGAAUUCUUAGCGUAAUUGAAAAAUAUUUUCCUGCCAAAUUCCACGGACUGGCGCCUCCACCGAAAGUCGUGUACAAAGGUGUUAAAGUGUAAUUUCUUUGAGUUUUUCAUCCCUCUGUCUCUCAACGGUUUUUUUCCGCUUGUUGUUUGUGUGUCUGUUACACCCCAAGACGAAGUGUCGGACACGAGGGGGUGAGGAAGUGCAGCAAAUCAAGCAAAUUGUGCUGGAAAAUUCAAACAGUGUGCGUGGACCAUGAGUUAGAUUGUGAGCGCACGACAAGAUCUGGGACAAGAAAAAAAUGAAGUAUGGGGAUACAAAAAUUGCAUCCGACCAAGAGAUAUUUGUGCAAUGAGACGGUGAAUUUAUUGAGACAAUUGCAAAGGUGAAUCACAUCCAACUCGUGGACACGUCUAUGACAAAGAAGAAUGGAAGUUUUCAGCUUUCUUCUUGCAGCAAUUACCUAUCAGUUGAUUGUCUACCAAGGUGGCAUUGUUGGUGGUGUUUCGUGGGAAAGUUGGUGGACACACGAUGGAAUUUCAGGUCCCGCCUUUUGGGGUUUGAUCAACCCAGAGUGGUCGUUAUGCAAUAAGGGCAGGAGACAAUCACCAGUUAAUUUAGAGCCACAGCGUCUGCUAUUCGACCCAAAUCUAAGGCCUUUACAUAUCGAUAAGCAUAGGAUAAGCGGCACAAUUGCCAACACAGGACACAGUGUCAUAUUUACGGUGAACAAUGAAACGGCAACGGCCUACGAGGGACCCCAUGUUCCGGUAAACUUCAGCGGAGGACCCCUUUCGUAUCUGUAUCGAUUCAAUGAGAUUCACAUCCACUAUGGCCUUCAUGAUCAGUUUGGGUCGGAGCAUAGCGUCGAAGGGUACACAUUUCCUGCAGAGAUACAAAUAUUUGGCUACAAUUCACAGUUGUACUCAAACAUAUCGGAAGCCUUAAAUCGUGCUCAGGGUGUUGUCGGCAUUGCAAUUCUGCUUCAGCUGGGUGACUUGUCCAAUGCUGAACUGAGAAUGCUCACAGAUAAGCUGGAGAAAAUACGCUUCGGUGGCGAAAGGGUGUCAAUUGAGAGACUUUCAGUACGAGGUCUCCUUCCCGAAACGGACCACUACAUGACUUAUGAGGGCUCCACAACGUCGCCAGCAUGCCACGAAACGGUGACCUGGAUCGUCCUUAACAAGCCAAUUUACAUCACAAAGCAACAGCUGCACGCCCUCCGACGCCUCAUGCAGGGUGGUCCCGAUCACCCAAAAGCCCCGCUGGGGAACAACUUUCGACCCCCGCAGCCACUUCUCCAUCGGCCCGUUCGUACAAACAUUGAUUUUCGCAGCAAACAAAAUGGGAAGGCAUGCCCCAGCAUGUACCGGGAUGUUCACUACAAAGCAAACAGUUGGAAGCAGCACUGAAGUUGUGUACUCCUCAUCAUCGUCUUCGUCACGGUGAAAAUCCCUAAAUGGUACCCACGAGGACACAUUCUCGAGUGUUUGUUGUGCACCCCCAAAACGACACGACAGCGGAGACGUGAAAGCCAAAUAAGAAUUCUUCAACUUUCGAAGAAUUUCCUUCCUUGUUCCGCGUCUGCCGCCCCAGAGAGUGAAAGACAUGAAAAAAAAAGUUCGAAGAGUAGGAGGAGCAAAAAAAGGUCAAAAGGCCACCAAAUGCUGAGUGAAUUUGCAAUUUAAUUGAUGAGAAAAAUUCCACCGUGGUGGAGAAAGGAAUGAAAAUUUACAUCGAUUUUGCUUUGAUGCCACCUCACCUGCCGAUGGGGUGGUGUGGGUGGUAAAGGACUCAGCAGCUGUGUAAAUAUUAGUGUAAUAAAACAGAGUGGUUUUGUGGUUACAGGAUGCACCUCUCUCGAGCUGAAGAAAAAUCUCACCGCGCUAAAAACUUCUAGUUCCAUCAACUGCGAUAGUUUAAAUAGUUAUUUAAGGAAAAACGAAAAUUUGCUUACAUAAAAUAAAAUACAUAUUUCUCAGUAAAAGAAGUUUGUAUAUAUUUUUGUUUUUAAAGGAUUCUUUUUAUGAAUUUUUUGAUCAAAUAUCUUGCAAAUAUUUAAUGAAAUUUUAUGUAUGUAUAUAUAUUUUUUUAAUUUAAGAGUAAAAUGUCAAAAACUUUUUUUUAAUUCAAUUAAUUUUUUCUGUGAAACUUCUGGACCUUUUGACUUCCAUGCUAUUUUUUACAAGAAAGAAAUUCUCAAUUUUACAAAUAUUUUGAUCAUUAAAGUACUUUUUAUUAAUUUUUUAAAAGUUCUUAUCUUUGAAAAACUUGGAAAGUUCAGAAAAAAUAUUCCUCAAUAAUUUUUCAAAUUGAGUAAAUUAUUUUGUAAAAAAAAAAUCAAAGCUCUAUAUUGAAGCAUCUGAAAUGACCCACACUGUAAUAUAUAAUGCAAAAAAUACAAAAUUUCAGCAAAAUUUCGAGGGAGGGUGCUUGUAUGAAAGACAUUAGCGAUUUAUUAAAGUGAAAUCAAACAAUAAAACUAUCUGAUUGAACAAAAAAGCAGUGUUUAGUGAACAUCAUGUAGAGUUAUUGAACUAAAAAAAAUAGCGAUAAAAUUGAUAAACAUAUCAUAUUUUCCAUAUUGAAAAAAAAGGAAACAGAAAAAAAUGAACCAUAAAUUAUAACGAGUAAAGGACAAAAUAGCUUGAAUAAAUUCCCAUGAUUCAUAUAAUUAAGUGUUGCUUUCAGUAGAAGUCCAUCAUAUCGUCAAAUCAAAUGCUAUCAUAGGAAACUUUAUAAGUAGAACUUAGACGAAACUUAACAUUGGAAUUAAUCCACCAAAAAGGGGCAUAGAAAAGACGGAAAGGUGAAACUGCCCACUAGAGCUGACAUAUCCUGUUUUUUUGGUCUUUUCUUUUUGUAAAUUCCACACAGUAACAUAUAAGAAAAGAUGAAGGAGUAGUAAGAAAAAAAAAAAACAAUGAGAGGCUUCCAAAUAUAAAAUUUGUACGAUAUUGAAAUGACAUAAAAAUCAAUAUAAAAUCCAAAUUUAGACGAGAAAAACAUGCAUAUCGUAAAUCUCUCCCAACCUUGGCUUCUAAACCUGACCUCAGUAUAAAGUCUAAACUUAGAAAAUCAUAUUUUUAUUUGAUAAACUCUCUCUCUCUCUCUAGAAAUUCCUCUAUAAAGAUAGAAAAAAAACGCUAAAAUGCCUUUUGAUAUUUAGAAGAAAAAGUAAAAAGAAAAUAAUUGAGAUAUCUCUAGAUGAGAAAGAAAAAAAAAGCUCGACUCUUACAAUUUUCCCAACGAAGAAAAGCCAGUGUAAAAGUGUAUGUUAAAACAUUGAAGAAAAAAAAGAAUGUUUCGGUUAGGCGUGAAAGGAAAUCUAUAAAGGAGAGUGAAUAAAAUUGCUGAAACUAUUUCAAUAUUAGAGAAUUUUUUUGUUAGAAUUUCUACAAAAAUUGUUUCUGUUUUGUCUGUGAAUAAUAAAGAAGGAUGAAGUAUUAUUAAAGAGAAAGUUUCAACUGAGAGUUUUCAUGCUUAAAACUUUGGGAAGCAAUUUCAACGUGAUUUCACCUACAAUCCCUAAAGGCUAUUCAUACCCUUCUUUCCAAACUUUAAAAUGAUGCAGUGCCUACAAACUGUGGAGCAGUCAGUAGCAAACAGUAAGUUAUCAGAGUUGAUGAAGAGUAUAGAUAAGAGAUAAUCUUGAAAAUACUUC